AUGGCUGAAAAGUUAACUGCUGCGACCAUAAUAGAGUCGCUAAAACAAUACUCUAUUCUAGAGAUUAAUGAACUGGUUAAGGCCAUAGAAACAGAGUUCAACAUCUCGGCGAAUUUUUCGGUUGCUGCGGCUUCUUCAUCUUCAGAAGAGUCAAAAGAAAAUGCACAAUCCGAGUUUACUCUUCACUUGACAAACGCUGGUGCAAACAAAAUUGCAGUUAUUAAGGUUGUACGAGAAAUAACAGGAAUGGGUUUGAUGGAGGCUAAAACAGCAGUUGAUAAAGCCCCUUCUGUCAUCAAAGAAAAUAUACCCGCCGAGGAAGUUGAAGAGCUUAAGAAAAAAUUUGCGGAUACGGGGGCAACUAUCGAAUUCAAAUAG